AUGGAUCUUGCACAGCAGCUGCACCAGCUGCACCAGGUCAGGGAGUUGGCGAUGACCAACGAACCGGACAAGGUGCUGCCCAAGGUGUUGGAGACAGCGCUGAGUUUAUACAAGCAGAACGCGGCGCGGCCGCGGGAGCUGUCGCGAUUCUGUGCCGGACUGUACCUGGAUGUGGCAGCGCACGACCGAAUCCCAGCAAGCGAGAAGCCGUUCGUCGCGGCGCAGCAUCUGCACGACAUGGUAGGGAUGUGCCAGGGCCUGUGGGUUGAUCACGUGACAUACCGCGACGUGCUACUAGGCGUGGGCAGCUACUACGAGGGCCUGUUCGACCUGGUCGCGAAGACGUCGAAUGAGACGCUGUGGAAGGACCUGAUGUUGUUGAAGGAACAGAUAUUACACCAGUGGCGAACGUGCUUUCCGUUGGAGGCCGGAGACCCCCUUCAAGACCACGCGCGGUCGCUGGGCGUGAAGAUGGCCGCAGCAAAACUGCUCGCUCGGAUGGUGGUGGUGCACUCGCGCGGGUCUGGAGUGAGCAUUAGCACUAUCCCAGACAACCACCCGGUGAUCAAAAACAAGGCUGCACUGCAGUCGGAGUCACGCAAGCUCCUUGAUGUGCUGAUUACGUAUCUGAUCGACGAGCCGCUGAUGGUGGCGCCGCUGUUCUCUGCGGUGCUGAACUGCCUGGCUUUCAUCAUGAAACGGCGGCCCGUUGCGACAGCGCGUAUUUUGGGGGGCCUGCUUCGAUUCAAUAUUGACAACAAGUACCAGCAGGAAAACGAGUCUGCGCUGCGGUACCGCCUUGCGAAGCGCUGCGUCGAACGCUGUUACAAGAAUUUCGUUAACUUUGGCAUGAAAGCGCAGCUGAUCCGGAACUCGGGCGACCUGGCGCCCUAUCACCACAAGCUGGGGAAGAUCGCGCAAACGUUGCACAUGAUUGCAGAGGAGACGAAGAGUAAGGGUAUUCUGAACUUCGACCCUGCUUUGACCGAGAAGAAGAUGAGCCCAGCGGAGCGCGAAAAAUACCUAGCAGCGUGCAACAACCGUAUUUCCAAAUCGCCGACACCAGCAGACCCGCCGAUAAGCGUGCCGGCUCCAGUACCAGCGGGCCUGACAGCGGGCGCACAGCUUGGCAUGGUCACGCCCCAACCGCCACUGGCUGUGCCACCCAUUCAAAACAGUACUCCCGUCGCGGAGAGCUCAGACCUGCCCGUUCUAAUUAAGCUACAGAACUAUACCAUGUCGAAAUCAUCUGUUUCCAACUUCUUUAACAAUUCCCCGGUGGCCUUUGAUAAUAACUACGCGUCAAUCUACUCACUAAUGAAUAGUAAAAACUCUGAGAUUGACCUGUCCGGUCUCAGCCAAGAAACACUCGUAAAACUCUGUACCGAGGCCAUUUAUCGUGCAGACACAAACAAAGUGAUCGCAGGCCUUUCCAUUGUUGCCCAGCGCUACACAGAUCUCAUGGACAAGGCAAUGAAGCAUUCGACUGGUGAUGCAGAUGACAGCGACCGUAAGAAAAAGAAGCCCAAGUUAGAAGAGUCGCGGGCAAUCACUGCGGACACAGAAGAUGGCAGCACGAACGUUGAGGACGAGGAGGAGAGCAAGGAAUUCACCUUGGGGCCUCCUGCCCCCAUGUCGCGCGACGAGAAGCUACAGCACCUACAGCUGAUAGUGUCGAAUAUAUGUGACGUUUCUGCAAGCGAGGAUGCGGCUGCGCUGACAGCGCCGCUCGACCAGCUACCUGUGCUCAAUCGCGCACGGCUCUUGCAAUGGGAUAACCGCACCUCGUGGGUGGUGCUCCUCACACGCCUCAGCUCGCGUGGACUACAGGCAGAUGAAAGCAUGAGUAACCUAGUACGGCAACAUAUCUACAACUACUUUUUACAAGAUUUCAGCAACCGCGUCGCAGUGGUCAUAGAGUGGCUCUCCGAGGAAUGGUUUUCUGAGUCUGUGCGCUCCGACGCCCACCCUGUGUACAACGAGUGGUCGCUGCGGGUAUUGGACGGUCUUGUACCCUUCCUGGAUAACUCCCAUCGUAAGAUGUUUAUUCGCCUAGUGAGUGAGCUACCUCACCUAAAUCGCGAUCAUAUAUCUCGAUUCACCUCUCUGUGUCUGGAUCCACUUCGUGCGCCGCUGGGCUUCCAGGCUCUCAAGUUCCUCAUAAUGUUCCGCCCGCCGGUCAAGCCCCUGGUCCGCGAUGUCCUCGAAGAAAUGAAAACGCGUGACGAGUCCGUUCGCGAGCAGUGCGAUAGUAUCAUAGCCAAGUUUUACUAG